UCUCCCUCUAUAUAUUUCGUCUUCCUCCUUUCUCUAUCCUCUGUGCAACUCUCUCUCUCUAUACCUUCUCUGAACUUUAGAGCCAACGAAGUCAGACACUGAACAAAUAAGAUUUUUUUAAAUCUUACUUAAUUGGUUCAUUUGUUGUUUUCGUACUCCGAAAACUAUGAGGGUUCUACGUGCGACGGAGAAAUUCUCGGCGGAGGUUAAGGAGUUCAUGUGCGCAGCUGUGCAGAGGAGGAGAGACGACGACGGAUUCCGAGGCUCGAGAGGUGGUAAAUCGAGAAAUGCGAUGGAUCUGGAUUCCGACGCCGGGAACAGAUUGGUUUGCGUUACCGGCGGCGUUUCAUACCUUGGUCGUGCCAUUGUUAAGCGGCUCCUUGUUCAUGGUUACUCCGUCAGAAUCGUCGUCGAUUGUCCAGAGGACAAAGAGAAAGUGAGCGAGAUGGAAGCUGACGCUGAAACGGCGUCGUUUAGCAACAGGAUUACAUCAGUAGUUUCUCGAUUAACAGAGACCGAGAGUUUAGUUCAAGCAUUUGAUGGUUGCGCAGGCGUUUUCCACACCGCUGCAUUUGUGGAUCCAGCUGGAAUCUCUGGAUAUUCGAAAUCAAUGGCGGAAUUAGAAACAAAAGUGAGCGAGAAUGUAAUAGAAGCAUGUACAAGAACAGGGUCGGUGAGAAAAUGCGUCUUCACAUCAUCUCUUUUAGCCUGCGCUUGGCAAGACGAUUACGUUUACAAUUUUGAUCACUCUGUUAUCAACGAAGAAAGCUGGAGCGAUGAACAGCUCUGCAUUAAUAAUAAGCUUUGGUAUGCACUUGGAAAACUGAGAGCAGAGAAAGCUGCGUGGAGAAUCGCAGAUUCGAAAGGACUAAAGCUUGCCACAAUAUGUCCUGCUCUUAUAAAUGGUCCUGACUUCUUCCACUGUAACUCCACUUCAACCUUGGCUUAUCUCAAAGGAGCAAAAGAGAUGUAUAUCAACGGAUUAUUAGCGACAAUGGAUGUGAACAGGUUGGCUAAAGCUCACGUAUGUCUAUGGGAAGGUUUGGGUAACAAAACUGCGUUUGGUAGAUACAUUUGUUUUGACACCAUUCUCUCAAAAGAUGGUGCCGAAAAGCUUGCUAAAGAUAUCGGUGUCCAAAUUGAAAAGAUUUGCGGUAGCAGCAGUGAUUCAGACGCAAACGCAGAAGCAGAAGCUUCUCCUCAUAGUUUACAAAUUUCAGAUAAAAAGCUUUUAGAUCUUAUGUCAAGAACUCUACGAAGUUGCUAUCAUGAAAGUUAGCUAGAGUCGACAAAACUAAUUAAAAGGAGCAGUUUUAAGCAAAGUGAUGUAAUGUUUGCUCCUAUUCUUUUCUUCUUUUUUUUUCAAUAUAUCAUGCUUUAUUAUCUUAUUUUAUGUUAUCUUCUUUAUAAUCAUUGUUUAGAGAAUCAUUGUUAUUGUA